AUGGGUGAUUCCAAAGUUACAGAUAAAUACGGCAAUGUUAUUAAUCGUGGCGAUUAUGUUUGGACCAGAAUCCGCGGUGGAACGCAUGAAGGGCAUGUGGAAGAAGUAAUCACAGACCAGCAACGAGCGGAAGAGGUUGAUGUGAAGAAUCCACCAAAAGUGAGUAGAAAGGAUAAUAUGAUCUGGGAAUGUGACUAG